CCACGCGCUCUACCACUGGCUCUGGCUAGCGGCGUCCUUUUUACUCGCGAAGGAUAAGGUCCCACGUCAUCACUCCCUCCUUCAAAACCAAAGCGCGUAUUCAGCACGCUCCAAACGGCCCCACCAGAACUCGUUUUUACAGAUAAAACCACUCCUCUUCUCAACUCUUCCAAAAUAAUUCUCCCCCAACUGUUUUCUCUGUACCGGAAGAAAAGAAAAGAAAAGAAGAGAAAAUUCCUUCUCUCCUCUCCUCUGCUCUCGUCUCGUCGUCUGUAAAUUUUCCUGGCAAACAAACAAACUCUCGCCUAUCGUAACAAUCCAUAUGUUCUGCAGGGUGUUAGUUUGAAAGAAAUCUCUCUGCACCAAUCCAACGCAGCUCCCUUUAGAUAAAUAGAAACUUCUCUUCCCCUUCCCCUCCUCGGUGUUUAUCCAGUAGCCUCGAUUUGAGCAAACAAAAUUCCACUUUGGGCGGCGGAUUACGUUUUCUGGAUCUGGAUUUUGAUCUUUCCUACCCUCCAAUUUUCUUUUUCCUCCUUCCCGGAGCUUGAAAUUUUAGCAGAAAGAAAAAGAUGAUGAGAAGGCAGCAGCAGCAGCAAGAUCAGCACUCGCGUGUUUUCUUCGAGCUAUCCACUCUGGUCUUCAACUUGCUUCGUUCCCCACCGACGCCGAUCCCCUUCUCCGACCACUUCCCGACCCCUGCGCCGCCAGCUGUUUCCUCUUCGUCCAGCAGUCGGAGGUCGUCGCAGUUGUCGGCGGCGCAGAUCACGCCGGCGGGGUUCGCGUCGCUGCUACUGGGCGUCUCCCUGUCGCUGAUGCUAUGCGGAUCCCUGACCUUUUUCAUUGGGUUUCUGUUGAUGCCCUGGGUGAUUGGGCUUGUAAUGGUGUUCUAUGUGGCCGGGAUCGUUUCGAUGAUCUCCAUGUUAGGCCGCUCGCUUCUCUGUUACGCUACCGGGCCAUCGCCCUCUCCUGGGAAAGAUAGUCCUGCUUGGAAACUCAUGUGAAGGAAGGGGGCAGUCUGGAGACGUGGAGAAUUGGGUAGCAGCUGCAUAUUGAGCUGCGACAUAAGUCGUCGACCUGGAAAUGGUGCCGCCAUUCGAAUGAAGAGAACAUGUUGGGAUCUGAGGAAUGAAUGCCUUGGCUUUUCUUUUUCUCUCUUGAGUGAUUUGAUGCAGGAACUGUGGAUAUCUGUUUUGGUUUCCUGAUGCACUGUGGAUAUAGCUGCUGCUUCAUGAAUUAGAUAUAGCGAAAAGAAGGGUUCUUUACGUUUUUUCUUUUCUUAAAUGCCCUAGUCAAUCAAUGUACCUCGAGCUCAUAACUUGCCAAUCAAAAGUUGGAGGUUUCUCUUAUUGUCCUGAUAUAUCGAAUGCAUUGUUUGUUCCCCAAUCAAGUUGAGAAUUCAUCUUCCCAACUCUAUUUUGAAUGUGAAAUCAGAUUCAUGAGGUAUGAUCAACAGAUUUUGAAUGAUUGUUAUCCAAUCCCUAGAGUCUGUCUUUUCGUGCAAUGUAGCUGGCAAUCAAUUUGGGAGGGAAUCCAAGGAGAGAAUGAUUCAGGGAUAAGGAUUUGGUAUGGAAAAGAUAUAGGUGCAUUUGAUAUGGUUGAUCCUCAUGUUCGGUGGAUGCAUUUCUUGUUGCCUUAUAAUCAAGUGAAUUGUAGACU